AUGUCGUCAUCGACAGCCCCCUCUGCGACAUCAUCGCCGGCGACCGACGCGCCCGACGAACCGCAGACCGACGGCUCCAAGCUGCGAACAUUUUUGGGUAUUCUUAAAAAAUUUAUAGGCGUUUCCGACCUUGCCUCUGUUCGAUUUUCCCUGCCCUCGCAGCUUUUGGAGCCGACCCCGAAUCUCGAGUACUGGACCUACCUCGAUGCCCCCAAUGCCUUUAUAGCCAUUGGAACCUCGGAGGAACCCCUCGACCGCAUGCUGGAAGUCAUCCGCUUCUGGCUGACCAAAGACUUGAAAUAUGCCAAGGGCAAACCUUGCAAACCAUAUAAUUCCUGCUUGGGAGAAUUCUUCAGAUGUAACUGGGAAACGGAAGACAAUGCCCCGAGGAUCGAGACGGCCGAGCUGAAUGGGUGCGUGUCCGGGUCAGAGAAAGGAUCCUUGCGUAGCUUGAAAGUGCCCCCCAAGAGCGACAAGAAUGAAUCCACCGUUUCCCUCUCCGUUCCCAAGCACGGGGCCUCGACGCCGGACAAGAAGCCGAUUCGGAUUUCAUACCUGACCGAACAGACUUCUCACCACCCGCCCGUGAGCGCCUUCCAUAUUACUUGCCCGGAGAGGGGCCUCACUGCCCGAGGCUUUGAUCAAAUCAGUGCCAAGUUCACGGGCACCUCGGUCAAGGUGCUUCCGGGAGAGCACAACAUGGGCAUCUUCAUCACGUUGGACAAGCAUGGUGGCGAGACGUACCAGCUCACGCACCCGGCUGCACAUCUUGGCGGUCUCCUGCGGGGAGCUCUCAGUGUUUCCGUCAGUGAAAUGGCUUACAUCACAUGUCCCGAGACCAAGCUCAAGUGCAUCCUCCACUAUGUCGAGGAAGGCUGGCUCGGCCGAACCACCAACAAAAUCGAUGGUGUUGUUUUCCGGUAUGAUCCCGAAAACGACACCAAGACCCGCGUGCAAGAUGUUCCCGACGAGGACAUUCUUAUUCGUCUGAGUGGUCCAUGGCGAGAAAAGGUCGUUUUCUCACUUGGUCCCAAGCCAAUGAAAUCUGUAUCCCCAGAGCACCAAUACACAAUCAUAGACAUCGCCCCCCUCCACGUCGCCUCCAAAAUCCUCCCCCCAGAAGACCAGCAGCUCCCCAACGAGUCUCUCACUCUCUGGGGUGGCGUGACCAAAGCCAUCCACGCCAAACAAUUCUCCAAAGCCACCGAUCUCAAGGUCGAGCUCGAGGAGAAGCAGCGCGAAAAGGCCCGCGAGCGCGAAAAGAACAAGGAGACCUGGCAGCCCGUCUUUUUCGAACACGUCGUCGGCAACGGAGGCAAGCCCGACUUGACCGACAAGGGCAAACAGGUACUAGAGCGAGCGCAACAGGGCGACUGGUCCAUGGAGGGUAUCUUGUAG